GGCUUUUAUUGUGAAGUCUCCCCUGCAGCGCUUCCGGUGCCGCGCUGCGUCUUGACGCAGCGGGUGGCAGCUGGUGCGUCAGGAGGAGACAGAGAUGCCAUAACAGCAGCAUCACCGAGCGACCGUCAAUCCGUCCGUCUCAUCCGCUUCCUGUCGGUCUGAACCCUCCGGUACCGGUACCGGCUCCGCUCCGGGACGCCUCUCAUGCUUUGGCCGCCUCACAGCGCGUCAGUCCGGGUUUUUAUCGGCGGAGAGAAGCGGCGGAGCGGCGGCAGCAUCUGGAGCGGAGGAUGCUCUGGGGUUUCCCAGCAGGCCUGUGAAGAUGAGUGUGACAUCAUGGUUCCUGGUGAGCAGCUCGGGCACUCGCCACCGUCUCCCCAGAGAGAUGAUCUUUGUGGGCCGAGAGGACUGCGAGCUCAUGCUGCAGUCUCGCAGCGUGGACAAACAGCACGCCGUCAUCAACUACAACCCGACCACCGACGAACACCUCGUCAAAGACCUGGGCAGCCUGAACGGGACGUUUGUGAACGACCUGAGGAUUCCUGAUCAGACCUACAUCACCCUCAAACUGUCUGACAUCAUCCGCUUCGGAUACGAUUCUCACGUCUAUGUUCUGGAGAAAAGUCAACACAAAGUCCCAGAGGAGGCUCUGAAGCAUGAGAAGUACAGCAGUCAGCUGCAGAUGAGUUUAAAAGCUUCAGAAGGGAAGAAGACAGAGCUGGAAGAUCGAAUGAGAGCCGAGAAAACCCCAAAUUCCAAGAGUCUGACACAGGCCUUCCUGAUUUCCUCACAACCACUGGAUGAAACCAGAUGUUCUAACCCUCCUGAAAACCAGAGCCAAUACAAAUUCACAGAGGCUCCGGUGUGUCGGCCCACUCCUCUGUACGGUCAGCCUUCCUGGUGGGGAGAGGAGGAUUAUGGGAGUAAAGUUCAUACCAGCGAUGACCAUCAUGCAGAAGCCCAGAAAGACCCUUCGUCCGUAGAGCCAGACUUUUCUGGAACUCUGUCAGACCCCCAACAAAAGACCAUCUUCCCUUCAUACAACCGCGAGCCAAGCUACUUUGAGAUCCCUACCAAGGACUUCCAGCACCCCAAAACCUCAGGGGCGGAGCUUCAUGAGAUCCCAACCAAGGACACGGACACGCCACCGGCACCGCCCUCCCCUCCAACCCCGACCCCACCCGUGGUUCAGAGCCAUGCCUCCUUUACCAUUGAGUUUGACGACUGCAUGCCCGGCAAGAUCAAAAUCAAAGACCACGUCACCAAGUUCUCUACCCGCCAGAGGAAGCAGCAGGCUCCACCCACCAAGACCCCCAUUGCAUCAGCCACGCCUGCUGAGGUGAUGUCAGCAGAGAGCAAGGUGGCUGAUUGGCUGGUCCACAGUGAUGUCAGCAUGAUGAGAAGACGUCCAACAUGUGAAGAUGUUUACAGCACCAAGAGUGACCUCGCCAUGAACAUCAAGACCCUCAAAGGUCAUCAUCAUGAGGAUGGAACCCAGAGCGAUUCUGAGGACCCAGUUCUCAAAGGAAGGAGGAGUAAAUCCCACCACUCUGUCCAGUCUCAGCACUCGAUCCAAUCAGAGCAGUCUGAGGCCUCACAGCAGACCGUUCAGUCAGCUCAGUCUGUCCACUGCCAGCCGCCUGCUCCAACAGAGACACUCCACCAGCCACUGCAGCACUCUCCACCCAGACCGGCCCCAGCCUCACCUGGAGCCCCAGAGCGGCCCCUGUCCCAGAGUCCUCCUCAAGCUCAUUCCCCCACCACAGAAACCCCCAAGCAGGCCCCCCCUGAGCACCUCACCCAGCAGGCCUUUAUCAUUGAGUUCUUCGAUGACAACCCGCGCAAAAAACGCUCGCAGUCCUUCACGCACAACCCUGCCCACGCUGACUCAUACUCUGCCCUGAAGGCCAAGCUGGAGCGGCGGAAAGGUGGCGAGAGGCCUGCAUCUGUGCAUGGCCACAUCCCUCCCACCCAGCAGGUGACGGUUCCUCUGAAAGGUCAGGGCCACGGCGGCCCCCAGAGGUCGAGCUCUCUUAAGAGGGAGAAGACGGAGGGGGAGGUGGCCUCCUCUGGUUCCUCCUCUCGCUCUUCCUCAGGUAUUAUCAUCAGACCCUUCGGCAGUGUCGGAAAGAAGUCCAAGCUUGCCCAGGAGUUUGCCGCUGAAUUCCUGAAGGAUUCUGGUCAACAGGAUUCAUCCCCCACCAGUGACAAGUCAUCCCUGCCCCCAAUGUCUGCACCGCCGGUGAUGGUGUCGCCUCCUCAAGCCAGAAUUCCCUCCCCCCAGGAACCUCCAGCACCUUCCUCAGUCUCCUACCCCACUUCCCCCUUGCAGCCUCCAGCAAUGUCAAAGUUGUCAAUCCCCACCAAUCCUGCUGGCCAGACUGCAUCUCCGGUCCACUCCUCUGGGCCUCCCUUGUCCCCCAUGCUGCCCCAGGGCAUCCGUGCAGCAGACCCCAAAUGCUCCCAGAGGAUGAUGAGGAACGAGGAAGACGACAGCCUGAGCGAUGCUGGGACCUACACCAUUGAGACAGAGUCCCAGGACAAAGAGGUGGAGGAGGCUCGUAACAUGAUCGACCAGGUGUUUGGUGUCCUCGACUCUCCAGAGUACAGUGGUGUGAACACAGGAGUGUAUAGACCUGUAAUAAAUGAUGGCAAGGAUGAGCAAGCUAACCUUCCUAGCGAUGGUAGCACUAUGGACCCGUUGCAUGGCUUUAUCCCAGCUGCUAUCAGCGGCCCCCCAACAGGCCCCAUACAGGUUCCACCUGCUCAUGCAGCAGGUCUGGAGGGACCAAAAUGGGUUUCCCGUUGGGCCAGUCUGGCAGACAGCUAUGCUGAACCUGGUUCCACUGCACCUCAAGGGGAAUGUCUGGAAGAUCUACGCUUCAUGAGCCGGUCGAUGGGGAAUUACAGCUAUGAUAACUCUGAGUCAGAGUCCAGCCACAGCUCCAGGACAAGAAGGCUUCUGCCCCAGGUGCCUCCAGAAAAGCUGGAUAGCAUUCCCCCGAGUAUCCUGAUUCGCCAUGAACCUUACCAGGGUCAGGAAUCUCUGGAGAGAGUCUCUGGUCCUCCCCGCCCACAGGACUCCACCCAGUGCCUGUCCGUUCAGGAUGAUGUGGACCCAGACAGUCUGAGUGACGCUAGCCGCUCAGAUGACGGACCAGUUCUGGAGAAAACAAAGACGAAUCAGGCCAGGACUGUAUCUGUGUCUCCUGGGGGCGCUGGUCCUCAGUUCAAGGGUCCAGAGAAAGUGUCUCCCUCCACCAAAUCCACCUCCUUCUACAUUGGUUCUGAAGACAGUCCAGGAAAACCUGACCAGGCCCGGAGCCCAGUACAGUCUGAGAGGACACACGACCCCCCAGCAAAAACUCCCCCUACCACCGUCCUGAUCCGACACCUGAGUGGACACGAACCCAGGAGGACAGGUGUCAAACCCAAUAGCUCUGCUCCAAACCUCCAAAUGCAGGACAAGGAUUCUGUCCCCACUAAAGACAGCUGCAUGUCAUCCAUCGUCCGGCAGGAGAGCUUCACCAAAGACCGGCCCAGCGACACCGUCCAGAUGAAGAAGCUUCCCCACAUCUCCAGCCACCCAUCCCUCAGAGAUAUGGAGCAGAGGAGGGAGAACAUCCAGGACACGCAGUCCUUCAUUCAGGAGGCAGAGGGGACUCUGUCCUCUCUGGACACCAAGUUCCCAUCAUCUGGCUCCUGUCGUAGUUCAAAGAAAGGAGGCUCCUCCACGCACAUGGAUGACUCCCUUUCUGGUGAGUCGGAUGUGGACACAGCAAGCACCGUAAGCCAGGUGAGUAGCAAAAACACUCCGGUCAGCUCUUCUUCUAAAAAGCGUCCUGCCAUCAGCAGCCUUCAAAAGGAGAAGUCCUCUUCCAGCCCAUCUAUCCAAGAGAAGGGACGGCAACUCACCGCCCGUGAACGGCUUUCUGAGAAACGCCGCAACCAGGUGACAACAGAUGCCUCCAGCAAGGCAGAGGCAGCAAAGCGCUUCCAGAUGCGCCGCAGUGCGGGCAAUCGUGGGUCUCUGGAUCUGUCCGAGGGACAGCAGGGUUCUGGUCCACACUGGACCGAAACAACAUCAUCUGACCAUGAAAUUUCCCGUCCGUCCAGCCGUAACAAGAAAGUCAUCGCCCCUCUUCAGAAAGAAGAUAAUGGAAAGACGGCCAAGACGGCAACUCAGCAGGUCCUGACGCGUUCCAAUAGCCUGUCAGCGCCACGGCCAACCCGGGCGUCCAUGCUUCGCCGUGCACGCCUGGGCGAGGCCUCAGAUAAUGAAGGUGCUGAGACUGAUCGGGGUUCCCAGAACUCAGACCAUAUCCCUGCACCGUCCAAAGUGUCUGCCGAGGCGAAGAAGCUGUCCAGGCUUGACAUCUUAGCGAUGCCCAGGAAGAGAACCGGCUCCUUCACAGCUCCCAGCGACAAUGAGACAUCCUCCAUGGGCCGGCCGGGUUACUCUAAUCGGAACUCUGAGUCUGUUGUCACCACUAGGAAGACUUCUGUUGGCGAUGCCCGGCAGGCAGCUACCAAAGGGGGUGGAGCUCUGGGGAAGCAACCACUGACCCGUACCCGGUCCAGCGGAGCCAAGUACCCCAGCACUGGUUCCCGUCGCAGACAGAAGGGCUCAGACUUCUCUUCAUCCUCUGAGGAAGAAUACGAGAUGAAUGCCGGGACUCUCAAAGCCAAACGUUCCUCCCAUCCCUCCACGUCCGCCCAGACGCCACGCGGCCACCGGACAGCCGCCACCAGAUCCAAGUCUGUCUCCCUAGAGACGGAGGAGGAUGAGGACCAGAACGAGGUUGACCCCUACCAGAACUGGUCCACGCACAGCGCUGAGAUUGCAAAGCUCAGUCAGGACCUGGCCAAAGAUCUGGCUAUCCUGGCAAAGGAAAUUCACGAUGUUGCCGGGGACGGAGACUCGCCAAGCUCUGGCAUGGCCACCACCAUCUCACCCAGCUCGCUGCCCAACACGCCGGCCUCCACCAUCUCUGCCAGGGAGGAGGGGCCAUCUUAUCCAUACUUCUGUGGGGUUCGACCAUCUCAGCUGGUCCAACAUAUCCCUGAGGCCAGUUUAAACUACCAGAAGGUUCCUCCAGGUUCUGCUGCAGUCUCGGACCUGGACGCAAACAUGAAUGAGCCGGAGCCCGGUUCUAAGCAACGCCGUCCGUGGAACCGCGAAGAGGUGAUUCUGGACAACCUGAUGCUGAAUCCAGUGUCUCAGCUGUCUCAGGCCAUCCGGGAGAACACAGAGCAGCUGGCGGAAAAGAUGAAGGUUCUGUUCCAGAACAAGGCAGGUGUCUGGGAGGAGAUUGAGGCAAAGAUCAAUGCUGAGAAUGAAGUCCCCAUCCUGAAAACCUCCAAUAAGGAAAUUACCUCCAUUUUGAAAGAGCUGAGAAGAGUCCAGAGACAGCUUGAAGUUAUAAACACUAUCGUGGAGCCCGGUGGGAGUCUCCAGACUACUGCUGUCGCGACAUCGUCUCACAGUCAGACUAGAACGUCAUCAAAGGAGAAGAAAUCCGCUGCCAAACCCCGUGGCGCCCCUGCGACCUCCAACGCCAAUGAAAGCACCAAAAGACCACCUCGUGGACCCGAUGGGGCCCACUACAUGGCCUGAACAGGCCACCGUAGCACCUCUGGAUAGUAACUGUGCAUCCACACCGCCUGCAGCCAUAUUGCCCCACCUCUGUCCAAUGAUCGGUCCGACCCUGAUGAUUACUGGCUGUAGCACCCAGAGAGGCAUCUUCUUUUAUUCUAGAUGAGCUUGUCGGGAGCUGUAGCUCAACAGAGAUCAGCUUUUACUGUGUAGCUGGCCACUUGAAUCGAGCAAGAACCCCAUUAUGAACACAUGUUUUUCAGAGAGAUCAGCAGGCAUUUGUAAAGACGAACUUCUAGUCUGACUUUAACUCGUGAGUGCUCAUCCAUCAUGUCAUGUUUGGGAGUACAUCUAUUUCAAAGUCUUUAUUUUGAUUGUGAAUGUCUCAAUGGUUCAAAUGGUGGAGUCUGUCUGGAGAGUCAGAGAAAUUAAGUAUAUGUUUGUCUUUAUUCUAAGGAGAAAAUUUGUUAAUUCUUUGGUCCUCAGUGUCCCACAAUUCAUUGUGUGCCAGUGUCCCAAUUCCAUACUUCAUACCAAUAUACAGUAUGUACCCUAAUGUCAUAGAAUAGGGUUUGGUAUUACUGUUUGGUAUUGGCAGUAAAUCAUCAGCAGCGGUCGUGCAGUGUGUAGUAAAGAAGUGCAAGGUUGGCAGCAGGAACUGGCUGAACUUUGUGGUGAAUCUUCUGUAAAAGGAAGGAGGCACAAAAGUACUUUUAUACUUCACAACCUUCAAAAGUUGAGAGAAUUGGCCCCUAAAAGGGGGCACAGAGACCGGGACCGGGAGUAACAUUCAGUUGGUUGUUGUCUACCAUUUGAUUUCGACAGCCACUGAGUUUUCUCACUGUAGAAAGCUGCCGGUGAUGUGGAUGCACUCAAACUGUCCAAAACAAAUGUCUCAUUUGUAUCCAGUGAUUCAUAAGAACAAAUGCAUUUUGAGUGAAACAAUAUAACUAUGUAGAACUGCUUCUACAUCGCACAAGCUGAACAAAAUUUAGUCAAAGCUACAAAAAGCAGCAGCUGCUCGCGCCACAGUAGUACUGUACGUGGACGAUGUUCAAACGUAUAUUGAUACAUUUGUGCUUUGAUAAUCUAUUGUUGUGUUGCAUUUGAACAGAUGAUAGAUUGUGUCUUUUCUGUCUGUAUUUAUGAGGAGAGAGUUGUAGCUAUUUUCCCAUCAGAGGGUCCUCUGCUACUUCAGUGUCAUGGACAGGAAACACUCGUAAAAGUAAAAAGAUGUAAUGUUAUAUUUUAUUGAAUGUUCUGUUGCCAUCUCGCUGUGAUUGUGCGAUAACUGUGAAACUGCUUCAGGUUUGCUGUAGUUGAAUGUUGUGAGUGCUGAAUGUCAGAGAGAACAAAUCAGCUUAACUAAAAUGCGACCUCCUACAGGUCCUUAAACACAUCACCUUCCUGAGUCACAGUGAAUGAAACCCAAGAAACACGACAUGUUGUGUUGCACUUGUGAGAACUGUUUCUUCCCCGUCAAGACCGACACACAAAGCACACAGCUUUGGUUUUAUUUUCAGAAGUUUUAGAGGCAGAAACGUAAGUGAUGACAUCAGUUAAUGCCAUUAGAUCAUUUCGAAACUAAUUCCACUUUCUGGGCAAACGGAGACGCUUUCUUCAUUUAUGAGAUAAAGAUUUCUUAGGAUCCUAUGAGAUGUCAUAAUUAUCAUGAGAAAUGCGCUGUUGCGUUUUCUACUCACGAGUUGUAAAAAUCCAACAAUCGAUCAAACAACCGUCCACUGUACAGAGACGCAAUGAUAACCCUAACCCAACUACAACAAGCUCAUAUAUUCAAACAUUAUCACUGUAGUUGACCUUCUGUCAGUAUGUUUACUUCCUAAAACCUGACUUAUAUCAACAGGGGAAGAAGCCACUACCACUUUAUUAUCUAAAUUUGAGAAAACAACUUACUAUCUUUAUCCAGAGCUUUCAGCUGCAUCUCACAGAUUUCACAGUGACCGUCUUUCAUCAGACAGCAUCUCCCCAUACCUGAACACACCUGAACCAUCUCCAUGACAACGAGGCAAUGAGUAUGAGUGUGAGAUGUGGUUGCAAGUUCUGGAAAAAUCAUAUCAUAAAUGGACAGAUUAUUUAGUUCCAGUCAGUAAUGAACUUCCUCGCUCGUUAGCUACUGUUUAGACCUUCUUGUAAAGACCUUCAUCCUCCUUAAUAAACAGGCUUUUAAAUACAUAAUUACAUUCCCACCACAAGUUAGAAAAGUGCUUUAUAAAAAAAGUAUUUACAGUUUUACCUUGUGGGAACGACCUGCUCAGCAAAGGGUGGGAAAUAAAGUGUGUGUGUGUGUGUGUUUUAACUUCCUUUGAGAGCGCUGUACAGAUGUAAGUAAGAGUGUUAGCUAUCUUUAUUCAUUGUCACAUUUCAGAUGAAUGUCAGUUACAGGUCCAGGAUGUGGUUAGCUUAGCACAAAGACUGGAUGCAGGGGGAAAUUGAUAGCCUACCUCAUCAAGAGAAGAAAUCUCGAAAAGUCUGUCUGAUUAACCAGUCAGUCCAUCCAGGAAGUUGCGAUCGCACCGAUAAACACACAUUUAACCAAUCCCUGUGAAUGCUGCGGGACCUUGCAAUUUUGUCUGAUCACCACAACUUUUCUGCAGAUUUGUCCAGUUAUAGCAGUCAGUUGUGCAAAACAUUGAUCCAUACAUAACAUAUGUUGAGGACGCAAUGUUUUCUAAAAGUAGAGUGGACUGUGUUUUUACUGCGGUUGCUAUUUCUCUGGAGUUUGAGAAUGUUAGCUAGCAGGUAGUUCAGUUGUUGUACUGAAAAGCAACAUAACUUUAACUUGUGCCUCCAGGCUUUAGGUUAGCUUAUCUCUCUGCCUUUGAAGCUAACUCUUGCUUAGCAGCUUAAUUGUUGGUCAGAUAUAAAAAAAUGUCAAUUAUUUAAUAUAAACAAAUAAAUAUAAAUGUCAAACUGUCUGUAGAAAACCAGCAACAUUAGACGUUCAAGUGAAACAAGAAUUAAUUGCAUUCAUGUAUAGAAAAUCACAAUAGUUCACUUCCUGCGCCUAGAGGUUGUUGGUCAACAAAUAGCUCAAAUGUUAACUGCUGAACGCCAUGUCUAUGUUUACAUUUCUGUUUUUCUACUCCUGUUCAAUAACCAACAUACAAACUGUAAAUCGGACAGAUAUGAAGCUUCUGGAAGGUGGAAUUUUUCACUUUCGAAGGAGCUAGGCUAGCAGUUCCCCCUGCUUCUAGCCUUUGUGCUAAGCUAAGCUAAACACAUCCUGGACACCCAGAGACCAAACUGAACAUGUGACUCUGGAGAAGACAAGAUGAUUUCACCAAACUGUUGCUGUAAAGUGUUUGGCUGGAGAGACAGGAUAUUUUAGUCUUUUAUUUUGUAAAGUGCAUGUUUCCUGUAGCUUGAGGCAGGUGAGAGUUUGAGGCUAGUUCACCAAAUGUGCACUUUUUCAUUUGACAAACACCUCAUGAGAACAGCUUUUUUGUGCUACGCAGCCAUUGAGAAUGUAUCGAUUGGUCACCUGCCCACAACACAGACCUGAUUGGCCGUUGCUGUGAUGAUGUAACUGCUGCUGCUACAGGUGAUUGGUCAUUUGGGCUACUUGCAUUUUGUGUUUUUCUUUCGUUACAGUGCAUGCAACUGUGAAGCAGACGAGCUGUAGAAACAUGCUGAAUAGACGAAGCAAACCAAACUGUUCAUAUUUCUGCUGUAUGUUUCCUGUUUGAAACCUUUUUUAUGCAUUGAUCAUACGAAGGUCUGCAGCCGAUCAAUCUGCAGCCGAUCAAUCUGCAGUCCGCUGUGUUUCUAAUGGAGUAUAACCUUCCUGAUUUAUUCAUUAAGUUCCAAUGAUCUUCAGAUAUCUGGACUCUCAUGUGUUCACCGUCAGCAGGAUUUCUUUGUAUCACCAUGUCAUUUGUAAUAAACUGAUUUCAUGCA